AUGGAAGAGGGAAAAUUCCUGGGAUUCAUCGUAACAAAAGACGGGUUUAAAGUCAAUCCUGAUAAGGUACAAGCGAUUGAACGAAUGCCUUCACCGUCAACAAUCAAGGAAAUGCAAAAAUUGGCUGGACGGCUAGCAGCACUAAACCGUUUCCUAGCCAAUCACGCAGCAAAGUCAUUCUCGUUUAUCAAAACACUCCACAAUUGCAUGAAGAAAAGCCAAUUUCAGUGGACUCCGGAAGCCGAGAGCGCAUUCCGAGAGAUGAAAGAUUGUCUCAUAAGACUGCCAACAUUAACGGCACCAGUAAAAGGAGAACCUUUAGUGUUAUAUCUGUCAGCAUCUGAUAAAGCAGUCAGAGCAGUUCUGCUCGUGGACCACCAAGGCAUUCAAACACCAGUUUACUAUGUGUCUCGCACUCUAAACGACCCAGAAACACGGUACGCCAUAAUGGAAAAACUAGUCCUGGCACUUAUCCAUGCAUCAAGGCGGUUGCGCAGGUAUUUUGCCAACCACGUCAUUCAUGUACUAACAAAUUACAACAUCGGCAACAUCCUCGCAAGGCCUGAGAUAUCCGGAAGAUUAGCAAAAUGGGCCAUAGAGCUGGGAGGUCACAAUGUGGUUUUCAGACCAAGACCGACAAUCAAAGGCCAGGUGUUGGCCGAUUUCAUGACAAAAGUACCCGACGACAAAGAUAGAGAGUGCAAGGCAAUGGAGAAAGCUGAAAGGCAAUAUACAGAAGAGCCAUGGCUACUGUACACAGACGCCGCGUCUAAUGAAGAUGGCGCAUGCGCGGGACUUAGGCUGGUAAGUCCAGACAAACACGAAUUCACGUACGUCAUCAGGUUAGACUUCAAAAGCACGAAUAAUGAACCCGAAUACGAAGCUUUUCUCGCCGGUUUGAGAUUGGCAAUCAAGAUGGGAGUCAAACACAUUGAAGCGCAUGUGGAAUCCAUGUUAGUGGCCGGGCAAAUCAAUGGCCAGUACGACGCCAAAGGAGAUGUGAUGGCGCUCUACUUGAAUCAAGCAAAAAUAUUGUUACAAAACUUCUAUUCCUACAAGGUGCACCACAUCAAUCGAAGCGAAAAUAAACCGGCAGACGCAUUAAGUAAACUCGCAUCCACAAGUUUCCAGCACCUGGCCAAGGAUGUGCGCAUUGAAGUUUUGAGCAACCCAUCGGUACCACUAAGAGGAGUAAGCGUUAUUCAAUUGGGAACAACGUCGUGGAUGACUCCGAUAAUCAUGUAUCUUCAAUCUGGAAUAUUACCGGAGAACAAAGCCGAAGCAAGAAAAGUGCAAUACAAAUCCGAACAUUACCAAAUGCCCGACGGAAUAUUGUAUCGAAAAUCUUACUUAGGACCGCUGUUAAGAUGCGUCGACCCAGAAGAUGCAAAUUACCUGAUCCGGGAAGUACACGAGGGCAUCUGUGGCAUCCAUGCUGGCCCGAGGAUGGUAGUAGCCAAAGUCAUAAACGUCGGAUACUACUGGCCGGGAAUGCAUCUAGACGCAGUGAAAAUCUUGAGAAAAUGCAACGGCUGCCAGAGGCACGCCCCAAAAACAAUACGCCCAAAAAAUGAACUGGUCCCAGUAACAACGGCGUGGCCGUUUCAACAGUGGGGGAUAGAUAUGGUAGGCCCUUUUCCAGAAGCCCCGGGCGUAGUGAAAUUCAUAAUAGUCGCAGUUGAUUAUUUCACAAAAUGGGUGGAAGCAAAGGCGCUCGCGUCAACCACAUCUAUCGUGGUUAGAAGGUUCAUCUGGGAGCAGAUCAUAUGCCGUUUUGGGUUGCCACUAAGAAUCAUCACCGAUAAUGGGACAAAUUUUGCUACCGACGAUCUCCAACGCUGGUUCAAAGAGCUACACAUCGAGCACGCCUUUUCCUCGGUUGCGCACCCACAGGGAAAUGGUCAAGUAGAAGCCGUCAACAAGAGCAUAGUGGAUGACAUCAAAGCACGGCUAGGAACACAAUGA